AUGGGAUCUCUUGGCAUUCACACCUCCCCUCUCCCCAAGCCGUUUGAGGAAUCGAUCAUAGAUUUUGGUGUCCAACUUUCUGGCAUUGAUAUCGAAAAUCUAAAUGACAAAUCCUUCAGUAUCCUUCGUUCGGCUCUUUACCGUCACAAUGUUAUGUUGAUCAAGAACCAACAUGGCCUCUCUCCACAAGCUCAGUUUGAGCUGACCCGGCGCUUUGAUCCCGAGGCCAGCGUCUACAGCCAUGGAAAGGGGCUUGACAAACGAAGUGUUCUUCACAAAGAUUUGACCAUUGUUCCGACACAGCCGCAGGUCCAAAUUAUUGGACACGGCUCAGUGGAGUUCUUCGAGGGCUUACGAAACCUGAAACUUACACCCUCACCACCGAUCCUUUCAUAA